CUAAAGCAAAACAAGAGACGACAAACGUCGAACGCGCAACGCAGAACGAGGCUGAGCCAGGCAGUGACUUUUGCCUCUGCGACCAGCUUUAUACCGCUCCCAAUCCACCUGCAAUUCUUCCACAUCACACCGCCAUGAAUAUCAUCAAGCUUCAAAGAAAAUACCCCCAGUUCGAGCAGGGCGAGAUCUUUGGCUUGCAGGAUGCCUUCCGCAGGCUCGACGUCGAUGACAAGGGCUACCUCGACGAGGCGACUGUCAUUAAGGCGACCCAGCAGACAGAGCACCAGCCGUACGAUGUAGUGCGCCAGGCGCUGAAGGAGGUCGAGCUCGACAGUUCGCGGCGAGUAGAACUGGACGACUAUGUAGACCUCAUCUCCAAGCUGCGCCAGUCGUCGCCGGCACAGCAGCGCAUGAGCACUGGUCCAACACGCCCGCGCGCUGUAUCCGGCGCUACCGGCAGCGCGCCCUCGACCCCAAAGCAUGCCUCAAAGCCCAGCAUCGGCAGCGGAGGUGGAAGAAUCCAGGUACAGGGCUCCUCCGCGAACGUCACUCACACCAUCAACGAAGACGAGCGAACCGAAUUCACGCGCCAUAUCAAUGCCGUCCUCGCCGGCGACCCAGACAUCGGCGACCGCCUGCCCUUCCCCACCGACACCUUCGAGAUGUUCGACCAGUGCAAGGACGGUCUCGUGCUGUCCAAACUGAUCAACGACAGCGUACCGGAUACAAUCGACGAGCGUGUUCUGAACAAGCCGGGCAGGAAGAUCAAGCAAUUGAACAACUUCCACUUCACUGAAAACAACAACAUCGUUAUUGAGUCGGCGAAGGGUAUUGGGUGUUCUGUUGUCAACAUUGGUAGUGGAGACAUCAUUGAGGUGCGCGAGCAUUUAAUCCUGGGUUUGAUCUGGCAGAUCAUCAGGAGAGGUCUGCUCGGCAAGAUCGACAUCAAGCUGCACCCUGAGUUGUACAGACUGCUGGAAGACGACGAGACACUCGAGCAGUUCCUGCGCUUGCCUCCGGAGCAGAUCCUGCUGCGAUGGUUCAACUACCACCUAAAGAACGCGAAGUGGCACAGAACCGUGACCAACUUCUCCACAGACGUCAAGGAUGGCGAGAACUACACCGUUCUUCUCAACCAAUUAGCACCAGAGACCUGCUCCCGUUCGCCGCUACAACAGAACGACCUGCUGCAGCGCGCUGAGAUGGUCCUUCAGAACGCCGACGCCCUUGACUGCCGCAAGUUCUUGACACCGACAUCACUGGUCGCCGGUAACCCCAAGCUCAACCUUGCCUUCGUUGCCAACUUGUUCAACACGCAUCCUUGCCUCGAUCCCAUUACCGAGGAAGAGAAGGCUGAGAUCGAGGAUUUCGAUGCCGAGGGCGAGCGUGAAGCUCGUGUGUUCACCCUUUGGCUCAACUCCCUGGACGUCAAACCCGUUGUACAGUCUUUCUUCGAGGAUCUCAAGGACGGCCUCGUUCUUCUUCAGGCUUACGACAAGGUCAUUCCUGGCAGCGUAAACUGGCGCCACGUCAACAAGCCCCGAGAAGGCCAGGAGCUGAUGCGCUUCAAGGCGCUCGAGAAUACCAAUUACGCUGUCGAGCUCGGAAAGUCUGUUCAGUUCUCCCUCCCCGGUAUCCAAGGUGCCGACAUCACCGAUGGCCAGCGCACACUCACCCUCGGUCUCGUCUGGCAACUGAUGCGCAAGGACAUCGUCUCCACACUCAAGGGCCUGGCGCAAAAGCUUGGCAAGCGCGAAAUCUCUGACCCAGACAUGAUCAAGUGGGCAAACGACAUGGCGCGCAAGGGCGGUCAGGGCAGCCAGAUUCGCUCGUUCAAGGACUCGUCGCUGUCGAAUGCCAAGUUUCUGCUCGAUGUUCUUGCGGGUAUGAAGCCUGCGUAUGUCGACUACGAUCUCGUUACACCUGGUCGCAAUGAUGAGGAGAGCUACCAGAAUGCCAAGUUGGCUAUCAGUAUUGCGCGAAAGAUGGGCGCUACUAUCUGGCUGGUGCCUGAGGAUAUUGUUGCGGUGCAGAGCCGUUUGAUUACUACUUUCAUUGGUAGCUUGAUGAACACUUAUGAGAAGAUGGGCGGGCAGUAAGUCGAUUAAGUUCGGUAGGUUGGACGGUCUAAUAGCAUUUGAUGCGAGAUGUCUUGCGUGCGAGAAGAAUUGAUCUUUAUGAGUAUUUGUCUAUAGCAAAAGUCUUCCCAUGAAAGACGUACCAAUGAAG